CGUUCUUCUUCUUCGUCCAAGUGACAGUUUUAAAUGUAAACAAGGUUAUGUCCGCAACUGUCACCGGUCACAAUAAAACACAAUAAUGUCCGACAGUCAGGAAAACAAUCAGAAACGAUGGGGCCACUUGAGGAAAGUGCUAGAACGGCCCGGGCCCUUUUGCCAUCCGGAAUUCGAGCCGUCACCCGAAAUUUUGGACUUCGUCAUGGGGUCGUGCAAGAUUUUAGUAAUAGGCGCCGGCGGUUUGGGGUGCGAGCUCCUAAAAGACCUGGCUUUGAUGGGUUUCAAGCAGAUACACAUAAUAGACAUGGACACUAUCGAUCUGUCCAACUUAAAUCGUCAGUUUUUGUUCCGGCACAAAGACAUCGGUCUGUCCAAAGCUGAGGUGGCAGCCAAGUUCAUAAAUAAUAAAGUGGCGGGUUGUCAGGUUACGCCGCACUUUUGCAAAAUACAAGACUACGACGAGGAGUUUUACAGGCAGUUCCACAUCGUUGUGUGUGGCUUAGACUCUAUAAUAGCCCGGAGGUGGAUCAAUGGCAUGCUUGUCUCUUUAUUAAAUUACGAGGACGGAGUGCUGGACCAAAGCACCAUCAUCCCCAUGGUGGACGGAGGUACGGAAGGCUUUAAGGGUAAUGCCCGCGUAGUGCUCCCCGGUAUGAGUGCCUGCAUCGAGUGCGUACUCGACCUGUACCCCCCGCAGAUAACCUACCCCCUGUGCACAAUAGCCAACACCCCCCGACUGCCCGAGCACUGCAUAGAAUACAUCAAAGUGAUAUCAUGGCCCAAGGAAAACCCCUUCGGCGUCCCCCUGGACGGCGACGACCCCCAGCACAUCGGCUGGAUUUACGAAAAGUCCAUGGAACGGGCCCUCCAGUUCAACAUCACCGGUGUGACCUACAGGCUAGUACAAGGGGUGGUCAAGAACAUCAUCCCCGCCGUGGCGUCCACCAACGCCAUAAUCGCCGGCAUUUGCGCCACCGAGGUGUUCAAAAUCGCCACAAGUUGUUGCGUCUCCAUGAACAACUACAUGGUGUUCAACGACGUGGACGGCAUCUACACGUACACCUACGAGGCGGAAAAGAAGGACGACUGUCUAGUUUGUUCGCAAAUACCCCAAGAGUUGCCGAUCAAGGACCCCAAUUCAAUGAAACUGAAAGACAUCAUUUCGUUGCUCUGUGAGAGCGUGUCGUAUCAGAUGAAGAGUCCCGGCAUCACCACCGUUAUAGACGGCAAAAAUAAAACUUUGUACAUGUCCACCAUUAAGAGUAUAGAGGAGAAGACGAAAGGGAAUCUUAAUAAAACUUUAGUAGAAUUAGGCUUAAAAGAUGGAUCGGAUAUACUGGUGGCGGAUGUUACUUCGCCAAGCACGUUAGUUAUUAAACUCAAGUAUUUAAGUGUUGAUGUUGAUAUGAAUUAAUAUAUAUUUUUAUAAAUUA